GCCCACCAGAUCCGAGCCCCGAACUGCUCAAAAAAAAAAAAAAAAAAUCCGAGCCCCGAAUCCGCGCGGCGGCAAUGGCGGUGCGCGCGAGCCUCGGCUGCUUCCCCUCCGAUCCCACUCUCCACGCCUCCUGCGGCAUGCCGUGGGGCGUCGCCGUCACGCCCUUCUCCGCCGCCGACGAGCGCGGCUCCCCGCCGGCCACCGGCGACGAGGGCCACCUCCUCCCGCGCUGCCAGUCCUGCUUCGCCUACUUCAGUCUGCUCUGCCCGCUCGACCGCUGGUCCUGGACCUGCGCCGUCUGCGGCGGGGAGAACGACAUGCCCGCCGACGCCGCCGCGCGGUACGCCCGCGACGGCGCACACGACCCGCCCGAGAUGCGCUCCGCGUUCGUCGACCUCCUACUCCAGGGGGAGGAGGGCGAGGCGGGAGCGGCAGCUCCGACACCCGUGUACGUGGCGGCGAUCGACUUGUCCUGUUCAGAGGAGUUUUUGGAGCUAGUAAAAAGUGCUCUACAAGCAGCUCUGGAAGCUCUUUCGCCAGGAUCAUUAUUUGGACUUUUGACAUUUAGCAGCAAGAUAGGAUUGUAUGAUGUCCAAGGUCCAAUACCUAUUGUGAAGAAUGUGUUCAUCCCUCCUGAUUCUGACGGUGCCUUACCAAUUGACCUUGAAGAUAUCAUGCCCCUUUGUUCAUUUUUGGCUCCUAUUGAUAGUUGCAAAGAUCGCAUAACUGAAGCACUUGAAACAAUUAAACCGAUGUCUUCCUGGGACGUAGCAGCAAAUGCAGCCGAAGGACAGGAUCAUGUAUUACAUCAUACCCGUGGUUUUGGUGUAGCGUUGGAUGUUCUUGUCAAUUACCUAGGUUCAGAAUAUGGAAAUUCAUUUGAGCUUGCUAGGAUAUUUGCAUUUUUAUCUGGUCCACCAAAUUAUGGGGCUGGCCAACUGGAUACAAGUGAGGAACAAAAUGCUGGUAAAGCAGGGGAUGCUGAUCAUAUAUUGCUUCAGGAGCAGACAAGUUUCUACAAAAACCUGGCUACUAGUGCUGUUCAAGCAGGUGUGUGCGUGGACCUUUUUGCAAUUACAAAUGAAUACACUGGUCUUACUUCCCUGAAAGCUCUUAGUGUCGAGAGUGGUGGGUCAUUGUUUCUGUAUUCAAGUACAGAUGAAUCAACACUUCCACAAGAUAUAUACAAGAUGUUGAGCCAUCCAUAUGCGUUUGGAUGCGUGAUGCGAUUGAGAACAUCUUCACAAUUCAAGAUAGCUGAUUCUUAUGGUCAUUUCUUCCCAGAUCCUCAAUACAUGCAUGUUCAGCACAUAAAUUGCUGCGACUCUUUUGCUACAUACAGUUAUGACUUCGAGUUUGAAAAGGAUUCUCAAUUUUCCAGGAAGUCAAGACCUCCUAUUCUUCAAAUCGCAUUUAAGUACACAGUGCUUGUGCACAAUGGUGAUACAUCAGAUGCUCCAAGUUCUGGUAGCAGAUCUAAAUAUUCGUUGGAGAGGAGGCUAAGAGUCCGGACUAUCCAGUACAACACAACCGCUAAUAUCUGGGACCUUUAUGAUUUUGUUGAUCCAGAUGUUGUUUUGACAAUACUGGUACACCAGGUUAUUUUGUCUUCUUUAAGUGAUGUGCUAGAAACAAGGCUGUGGCUCGAAGAUUGGUUGGUAGCUGUCAUUGCUCAGUACAACAAAGCAUACAAGAAUGUUACAUCUGGAGGUGGUACUGGGAUGUAUGAUAUUGAUGUUAAUUUCUCACACUGCUCACAACUGCAGCCUCUGUCACGAUUUGUAUUUGCUGUUCUAUUAAGCCCCCUGCUUCAAGUCAACAGCGAGCGUAUUAAUCCAGACUAUGUGACAUAUUUGCAAUGCCUCUUCAGUGCACUGGAGCCAGCUUCGCUUCGGCAAGCUAUUUGGCCCACCUUGAUUUCGUACUCCUCCCCUGAUGUAGAAGCAGAAGUGCACCAGUCACUAAGUCGUACAGUGUUCACCAGUGAGAGACCAAUAUUUCUUCUUGAUGCAUACAAAGAUCUUCUGGUCUAUUACUCGCCUACAGCUAGUAGUGAAAUCCCGUUUCCUCCACGUGACUGUCUACUGAGAUCAACAAUUGAUAGAUUAAAGCAAGAAAGGAAAAUAACACCCAAACUCAUGUUCAUUCAUGGAGGACGUAAUGACACUACAGAAUUCGAGACAUACCUUGUUGAGGACCAGGCCUUGGAUGGCUCCCGUUUACCUGGCUCCACAGGUUUUAGCUCAUUCCUUGACGAGGUUGCAAGCAAAGUGGCAGAGCAUGGCAUAUAAAGGACCCAUGUCACCUGUUUCAUGAUCAGCUGAACUGUGAUGCUGUAUGAGUCAUGAGUGACAACCAAGGCAGGCAAGAAGUCUUUAUCAUAACAUGCACAGAAAGCGUUGGCGCUGCAGUGCUUUGGUUGUCACCUAGAAGACAUAUUAGCGCCCAUAUUUGUGUCCUGGAAGGCCCUUUUUUUGUCAGAUUUUCCAACGAGCUAGGUGAAUUUAGGCUGCAUGAGUAAGGCAGGGCUACAAUGCCAUAUGAACCGAAAGCACAUGUUGAUCCCUCCGGGCCUGUCGUUUUGAAUACUCAUAUCUGUAUUUUGUAUCUUGCUUGAAUAUUCGUUCGCUGCAUGUUGAUUGCUCCGGAUGCAUUUUGAUGUCAUUUUCAGUGUUAGACAAUGCAAUUUACUGAUUU